AUGUCGUCUGUGGCAAUAAGAAUAGGGCGUCUGAGAAGCACAAGGGGCUCCAUAUCUACUCUGAAGCGACCAAGAUCCGCCACCUUUGGUCCGCAUUGUUUCGGCGGUUUUCAACUUGAUCAUUAUGCUGCUGGAUGCACAACAAGUCCGCUCCUCUCUCGAAGCGCUUCCUCUGGGACGAGCAAGAGCACUCCAACAGCAUCAAAUGAAGUAUCACAAAUUCGACCCAUCUUUGACACUUCUCUGAAUUGGGAAGAUUGGUUCUCGCCAGAGGAAUAUGGAGAUCCAUGGGCUUUUCCAGACCGUGAGGAAACUAACCAUACCUCUCCGAAUCCUGAAACACAAUCUGCAUCGUCCAGUCGCAAGCAAACGUGGCAAUUGGAACCUUUGCAUGGCGAUAACAGUCUGGAUUCGCAGAGUCGUUAUUUGAUUCGGUUGUUACAGACGGUCUAUCAGCAUGGAUAUGCUGCAGAAGAAGAGGUCACUGCAGCGAGGUGUCUCUUCAUGAUUGGCCAAUUACUCGCCAAGGCAGAACAAAUCUCUCGAGAUCCCCAGUAUAAGGGAGUGGGUGACAGUGGUGCCACCUUGAUUCGACAACGUGUCAUGCGAGCCGAAGCCAUUCUACGAACCAUGGAGCUCUUUUGGGAUUACAUCCCCGACCUCUUGGAAGAAGACCAAGUCACUGCAACCUACAACUAUGAGCCACGAAAUCGACGCUCUGUCGCACAUUGGAACAACCACAAACCAAUUGUGAAAUGGCCCGUGCCGACCUAUGAAAUAUACGUACUGGUAUCACGAGCACUGGCCACGCUGAUGCGGUUUCCGAAACAAUAUCAACAAACAGUCAAGAAUGACGACACGGCCUGGAUCUCUCAAGAUGUGGUCCUGCGGCUCCAUCUCUUUCACAAGACCAAGGGAUUGGUAUUCCUCGACAAGCCGCCCGUGGCUGGAUUCAACCAGGUCUUGUUGGCAUGGGCCAAUGCACACGGAGACCGAGAUCAUCCCCAAAAGGCGCUCCAUGCCACCCAAUUCUUUAUGGACAUGAAACUCAUUUACAACGUCGUCCCGGAUGCAUCGGCGUACAGUCACGUGUUGAGAGCUUGUGCGCAUCCCGAUGGAAAUGAAAUCGCCAAAGAAUUGGGCGUCAAGCUGGCGCUCAAGUUUUGGAACGGUGUAUUGCGAGACGAGUUGAAGGAGCAUUCCUUCGAACCAACGCCCUUUUUGUUUGCCUUUUGCUUGAGAGCAUUGUCGGGAUUGAAGGAAUAUGUUCCGAGCGAAGAAGAAUCCGCCGUAUUGACGCAAGUAUGGGAAGAAGCGUGUCGAUAUGGUAUGGUCAACGAGUACGUUUUGUACGAACUGGAGCAAGCAUCAAGGCCUCUUUUUCGAGAUUUACUCAACUCGUAUCGAGACAAGGUGGACACCCACAAAUUGAAACCAUACCUGAAGGAAUCAUACGACAAGUCUUAUCAUCGUGAGCUAAUGCAAUUUCUUCCAACAGAGUGGAUGGAGAAGAGCUCAAGUCAACCUGUGAGUCGUGAGGAGAGGAUUAAUGAUGCGAUCAAGGCCGAAGAUGGUGGUGAUGACUAUCAAGAGCUCAUAGAUUUGGAUAAGAUACACUUGAAUUAG